CCACGCUGAUUGAGUGCAGGAGUAGUGCAGUGGUAACUACUUCACUCAGCUGUCGGCAGACGACAAAAAGAGGGAAAUGAUGAAUUCGGACAAUUUAACCUCCCAAAGCUUCCUCUCUGCGAUUCAUAGCAAUGCCAGCAAUUUAUUCUCAGGGCUCCAGUUUGUUCAGACCUUCAAGCCACUCAUCAUCCCCUGCUACUCGCUAGUGGUUUUUAUUGGUGUCAUUGGGAAUUACCUGCUCAUUUAUGUUAUCUGCAAGACAAAAAAAAUGCACAACGUCACCAACUUCCUGGUAGGCAAUCUGGCUUUCUCAGACAUGCUCAUGUGUGCAACCUGCGUACCCCUGACACUCGCGUAUGCCUUUGAGCCCAGAGGAUGGGUGUACGGGCGUUUCAUGUGCUACUUUGUUUUCCUGAUGCAACCCGUCACUGUGUUUGUGUCUGUCUUUACCUUGACUGUCAUAGCUGUGGAUAGGUACUGUGCCAUGGUGUACCCAUUCCGCAGGAGGCUCACAAUCCCUAUUUGUGCUUAUAUCCUGGCUGCUAUUUGGCUGCUGAGCUGUACCUUGGCUGCCCCAGCCUUGGUCCACACUUACCACGCGGAGUUCCCAGAACUGGACUUCUCCAUCUGCGAGGAGUUUUGGUUCCACAUGAAAAGAGAUCGCUUAGCUUACGCCUACAGCACUCUCAUCAUCACCUACGUACUGCCUUUGGCUGUCAUCUCCCUGUCCUACCUGAGAAUCUCAGUUAAGCUGAAAAACCGUGUCGUCCCAGGCAACGUCACCCAGGGCCAAGCUGAAUGGGACCGAGCAAGGAGGAGAAAGACUUUUCGCUUGCUAGUCUUGGUGGUGGCAGCUUUUGGAGUCUGUUGGCUGCCUCUGCACAUCUUCAACAUGAUAAAGGACAUAGACAUCAGCUUGAUUGACAAGCAGUACUUCAAUUUCAUCCAGCUGCUGUGCCACUGGUUUGCAAUGAUGUCUGCUUGUACCAAUGCCUUCCUCUAUGCCUGGCUCCAUGACAGCUUCAGGGGGGAACUGAAGAAAAUGUUUGCCUGGAGAAAGAAGAAAAUUGGACCCACUACAAAUUGCAUUAUGGCCAGUGUGGUGCUGUAAAUGAGAGCUGGUGGGAGUGCACUUCCUUUGUAAGGUAGCACUGUAAAGUCUUUGCCACUAUUAAUUAGGCCUGAUUCCUGACACUUGUCCUCAGGGCUCAAUUAGAACAACACAAGUCCCGUGUGUAGCUUCCCCAGCACCUCCACUCCUACUGGACAAGGAGACACAGACGUCAAGUCCCAAAAAUGUCUACACUGCUUUGACAGGAGUUUGAGGCCAAGGAGAUGUCGGCAUGAUAAGAUACACAUAAGGUGAUGCGCAUUUACAAGCUUAUGUAAACUACAGGGACCCCUCCUAUCUGUUUUGGAUAUCGCUGGCAGUACAGACAUGGGAUUUAGGGACAGGGAGAAGCGAGUAUGAAUAUGAGACCUAAAUAUCUCAGCGAGGAAGUGCUUUGGAUUGGGUAAAAAUUAAAUCUGCGUAUCUACCCAGCGUCCAGUCCUUAGCACAGGAUCCAGGGUGGAGGACUAGCAAUACUCCUGUGGUCCUCUUGGGUAAGGGCCACGCUGAAGAAUAGCCUAAAGCUCUCUGAAGUGCCCGUCCUGAGCAGCUGCCUCAGCUGUGGGUGCAAAACCACGUUGGUAGGAGCUGCUCCGAGCCUCCCUCUGCCAGUUGAGUUGUGCUGGUGGCAGCAGCGUGCAGGGGGCUCCCGCUCCUGAGGGGUGUGUGGGGUGAUGGUGUCAGCUCACCUGCAUUCCCUCCCAGUGCUUCUGUACCAGACAACCGGUUUGCUUGCGUGCCUGGGCACCCACGUGUGGAUGAGGACUGCGGCCCUUGGUGGGGUGUGCUGUGUCUGCCCUGCGUGGUUUCCUCCCUCACUGCCAUUUUCUCCUUGCCGCUGGCCGAAUGGAUGGAAUCGCAGCCGGGCUGCUCACCUGCCUGCCACGGCCAACCCCAUCAGGCAGAAUCCGUGCUUUAGCCUUUUUGAACCCAUUAUCAUCAAACCCAACCCGCCUGUGUCUCGUGAACCUGCAGCACAGCAUGUGGCAGAGUGAGAUGCAGUAUUGGGAGAGGGGAAAUAAAAGCGGGGUGAUGUUAUUUCUGUGAGGUGCAACCGUGAUGCAGAGUGUGCGACAGCCUGUUUGGUGGAUUUGCUGGUGCCGUCACCAAGGAUGGACAGACUGGAAAUAUAAUGUGUAGUGGAAACUCAUCCAAAUAGGGGGAUAUUAAAACACAUCACCACUUUACUGACAUUGAAUUGUGUUCCUGCUGUUGCCUCACGUAACCCCAAUUUGCCGACCCUACCACAAGGCGGCUGCCAGAGGAGUGGAAAUCAUCGUAGAUUUGCCAGUGCCGAGAUGUUUUCUGCUCAUUCCUUGAGGAACUGAUUUAGAUGUGUGGCAAUGCUGCCAUCAGCUUUGAUCUCCAGAGACAGGCAGAGACUUUGACACUGUCUUCAGGAGCACUUCUGAAGGUGUCUGUUAUGAGACAGUGGGUGGAAGGGGCUGUUGACAUUGAGCCGUGUAUCAGCAUUGUGUGACCAGUCAAAGAAAGACCUGUCAAACGGAGCGGAGUGGCAAGUGCUCUCUUUUGAAGGAGUCUUUUGGGAAGAAACAAUUUCCUUUGACAUUCACCUUUCAAUCAGAUGAGGGAGUUAGAAGCUAUAAUCAACCUAAUGGCUUCUAGUCUCUUCCUCCCCCUGUCUGAACUGAAAAUACCCGAGAUAAUAGAUAAGCAUAAGGGAAAAAGUUCUGAAAGCAGACAUUGUUUCUGAAGAGUUUUCUUCCAGCCUGUGGAGCCAGAAUGUGGGAUGGCAUGAGGGACUGACUGAAACUGAGCUGAGAUCAGCUGGAAAAGCAGUAUGAUCCAGGGGCAGUUUUGGCCGUUGUCACCAAGGGCAUCUAUCCAACCGCAACUGCCCAUGGCCAGAACCUGUCCUGGUUCGAGGGUAUGGGCUGCAAGGCAAUGCAAUUAGAUGAGGAGGGAGAGGGAAGAAAGAGAGGAUGGUUUUUCUAGUUUGUAAAUGUACUCCUACUGUGAAACCGUGAAUAUCGUUUUGCUCAUCAGCGUUCAGUAAGGUAAUCUGGUUAAAAAAACACACAGCUGCAUAUUAUGCACACACCGGGAAAAGCAUUGGAAAAACAUUUGAAACCCCUUCUCACAAAUUUCCUUAGAAUUUCAAGCUGUUCUGUUGCCGGUAAUGAGGAACUGGAUAUUAGAAGCUGAUUACAGAGACACCGAAUCAAAGUCUUUUUAAAGCGGGUUUUACUUGCAUUCUCUCUGUGAUGAAGCGUAUCUGCCUUUCUUAGCUUGAUUUCAAGAUUUGAAUGACUUAUUAAAAAGCGUUUUUCUUUUGCUGAAUUUUAGGAAAUUGUUCUUCCUUCAAGCUUAAUAUAACAAAUUACUCGAAUAACUGGUGAUUUUGAAAAGGCAAAAAACUCUUCCAAACAAACCAAAUAAUAAAUUUUAUAAGCCUUUCAACUUCUGUUUCAGGGCUUUUUUGAAGAGAAGAGAGAGUAGGACACCGAGAGAGCACUGAAACGACAUUGCAAAAAGCACCCCUAAAUAACAACAAAAUCCUGACUUUUAGAGAUUUUUCUUCUAUGAAAUUAUGUUACUUCAAGCUGUUAUCAGUUUGUAAAGGCUAAUUAGCAUUGAGAU